AUGGCGCAGGGCGGCGAUACGCUGCCCUCUCUCAUGGAUGUCGCCCGGCGCGAAGCGCACAGCGAGCUGGCGAUGUCUCCCGCGCUUCUCGCCUUCAACCGGUACCAGGAGCAGCAGAGGGAGGAGCUGAAGAACCCGAGCGCGCUGGCCGCCGCGCGCGACGAGCUCAAGGGCCGGGAUAAGGGCGAGUCACCGGGCGUCGAGGACGAGGCCAACGUCGAGCUCAGGCUGGAGAAGCUCAUCGGGAAGCGUUGGAAGAAUCUGGAUCGGGAGACGAGGGACAAGCUCGUCGCGGAGGCGCGGGGCGAGCAGGCCAAGCUCAUAGCCGAGGGCGGCGUCCCGGCGCCCUCCAACUCGGGCCGCGGGUCCAAGUCUAAGCGAGCGGCGAGCAAGCGAGCGGCGCCGGGACCGGACGGCGCGCCCGUCGCCAAGCGUAAACCCGGUCGGCCUCGCAAGGUCCCAUCGGCACAGCUGGACGCACCGUUGGACGCACAGCUGGCGCCCGGCGGUGCCCCGCCCGCCCGCCCGAGGACGACGGCCGCGACCGGCGGUGCACGCGUCCCGGUGUUCGUCUCCGCGCAUCAGCCGCACGUAACGCCGCAGCCCGUCGGGCCCUGGCCCCCGGUGCGGGUGACGUCUCUGGAGGGACCGCUGCGUCCGGUGCCGCCGGGUGGGGAGGACCUGAGGGGUCACGUGGUGGAAGGGGUGGUGGACGGGGCGUUCGACGCGGGGUACUUCUUGACCGUCCGCGCCAACGGGUGUUUGCUGCGGGGAAUCAUCUGGCGGGAGGAGGAGUGCCUCAGGGCGGUGGGCGCCAACGCGCAGGCAAAGAAGCUCCAGAACCGUUAA